AUCGGCUGGGGCUCUGUCUCCAGGCGGCUGCUGAACAUGGUGGCUGUUUCUUGCCCUCGCCGGAUCGCCAGGCGAUCUCGCUCUGCUAUUGUGGCGGCUCUCACCGUGCUGCUCGUUCAGACCCUCAUCGUGUGGAAUUUUAGCAGCCUGGAUUCAGGGGACGAGCAGAGGGGAGGAGGAGGUGGUGCUGGUGGAGGUAGCAGCAGCAGCCGGGAGAAGAGGGACAGGGGCAGCAAUAUGGACAGAGAUGAUCCCAGGCUAGGACCUCAGCAGCCACACAGGGGACCAGCUUCUUUGCCAAGCCAGGUUACGGAUGGAUAUUUCUCACACCGACCUAAAGAGAAAAUGCGAACAGACAGCAAUAAUGAAAACUCGGUCCCCAAAGACUUUGAAAAUAUUGAUAACAGUAACUUUGCCCCUAGGACUCAAAGGCGUAAGCACCAAACAGAAAUGGUAAAAAAGCCUUAUAGCAAGCAGAAAGAACACUUAACCAAUAAGUUGGCACUCGAUGAAAAAGUCAAGGAGAAUUCUCUGCUGGGCAAAAAUUCCAAUGAGGUAUUACCUUACAAGCAGAGUCCUUCUAAAAAUCUCAGCAAUGGAACAGUCAAGGAUGGUUACAAAACCACAAAGUAUUACUACACCAAGAAAAAUGGGAACAGCUCCCCAGAAAAGUAUGAACUGCCCCCGAAAUGUGAAAUUUCAGGCAAGGAGGCACUAUCUGCCCUUUCUCGGGCAAAGUCUAAACCAUGUCGACAGGAAAUAGCUGAGGUCUAUUGUCGUCAUAAACAGGGAAAACUGAUGCCAGAGAAAGUAACAAGACUCUGUCCUUUGGAAGGAAAGGCGAACAAUAAUGUACAAUGGGACGAAGACUUGGAGUACAUGGCCGCCAAUCCAGUAAGAAUUGCCUUUGUUUUGGUUGUCCAUGGAAGAGCGUCACGACAGCUCCAGCGAAUGUUCAAGGCAAUUUAUCACAAGGACCAUUUUUACUUCAUUCAUUGUGACAAGCGGUCAAAUUAUUUGUACAGACAAGUGAACCAGUUUGCAAAUCAGUAUCCCAAUGUCCGUGUCACUUCAUGGAGAAUGUCAACCAUUUGGGGUGGAGCAAGUCUUCUUUCGACUUACCUGCAAAGUAUGAGGGAUCUUCUGGAGAUGUCAGACUGGUCAUGGGACUUUUUCAUCAAUCUCAGUGCUGCAGAUUAUCCAGUCAGGACAAAUGACCAGCUGGUCGCAUUCCUCUCCAGGUAUCGGGACAUGAACUUUCUAAAGUCACACGGAAGAGAUAAUGCAAGAUUUAUCAGAAAACAAGGUCUGGACAGACUAUUUCUGGAAUGUGACACGCAUAUGUGGCGUCUUGGGGACAGGAAGAUUCCUGAAGGCAUUACAGUGGAUGGUGGCUCCGACUGGUUCCUUCUCAACAGGAAAUUUGUGGAGUAUGUGACUUAUUCCAAUGACGAUCUGGUUACAAAGAUGAAAAGAUUCUAUUCAUACACUCUGCUUCCAGCUGAGUCCUUCUUUCACACCGUACUGGAGAACAGUCCCUAUUGUGAUACAAUGGUUGAUAAUAAUCUACGAAUAACAAACUGGAAUAGAAAACUGGGCUGCAAAUGCCAGUAUAAACACAUAGUUGACUGGUGUGGGUGCUCGCCAAAUGACUUCAAACCCUCAGAUUUUCACAGGUUCCAGCAAACUGCAAGGCCAACAUUUUUUGCCCGUAAAUUUGAAGCCUCAGUGAACCAAGAAAUUAUUGGGCAAUUGGACUAUUAUUUGUAUGGAAACUACCCAUCAGGAACACCAGGUCUCAGAUCAUACUGGGAGAAUGUGUACGACGAACCGGAUGGAAUUUACAGCAUUAGUGACGUUGUGCUUACUAUGUUCCAUUCAUUUUCCCGUUUGGGUCUAAAAAGAGCCGAGGCUUCAUUGCAUACCGAUGGAGAAAACAGUUGUAGGUACUUUCCCAUGGGCCACCCAGUAUCAGUCCAUCUUUAUUUCCUCGCUGAUCGGUUUCAGGGCUUUCUCAUUAAACAUCAUGCCACUAAUCUUGCUGUCAAUAAGCUGGAGACAUUGGAGACUUGGAUAAUGCCAAAGAAAGUUUUUAAGAUUGCUAAUCCCACAAGUGAUUUUGGAAGGCUGCAGUUUUCCGAGGUUGGCACCGAGUGGGAUGCCAAAGAAAGAAUAUUUCGUAAUUUUGGUGGUGUUAUGGGGCCCAUGGAUGAGCCAAUUGCUAUGCAGAAGUGGGGAAAAGGACCCAAUAUAACAGUCACCGUGGUGUGGAUUGACCCCAUUCAUGUCAUCGCAGCUACUUAUGAUAUUCUCAUUGAAUCCACUGCAGAAUAUACUCACUAUAAACCUCCUCUAAACCUUCCUCUGAGACCUGGGAUCUGGACUAUUCGAAUUCUUCACCAUUGGGUCCCUGUAGCAGAAACCAAAUUUUUGAUUACCCCACUUACUUACUCCAAUCGGCAGCCAAUCAAGCAUGAGGAGCUGAGCAAGUUUCAUGGUGGGCCUCCGAAAAAUGCAUACAUGGAACAGAGCUUCCAAGGUCUAAAUCCUGUUUUAAACAUACCCAUAAAUACUGCUCAAGUAGAGGAAGCAAAGAAGAAUGCAGCCCUUUUAGGGCCAAAGCUGGAAAACUGGGUGGACAGCUUGGUUGAUAACUUGUGGUCAGCAGUAGACAUCUGUGCCACCGGACCAUCCUCCUGUCCAGUAAUGCAAGCCUGCGCCCAGACAGCAUGGAGUUCAUUAAGUCCUGACCCUAAAUCAGAACUUGGCCUUGUGAAACAUGAUGGACGGUUGAGGUAGCAUCUAGUACACCCUUUAAUGGAGCAGGAUAUAAAAGGGAAAUUAAUCAUUUGUCAUACCAAUCCAAAUUAAGGUUUCCUAGAUAAUGAAUGGAUUUUUGCUUAAAUGGUAAAAGAAUAAGGUCCUUCAACCCUCUGGCAAUGAAUGGGGUUGCUUCAGAAGAGCUACCCAGUUGCCUCUGGUGGCUACAGUUUUCAGACUUGCAGUGGUAAUUCUUUAUCUAUAAAUGGCACCUCCUUAACAGUAUUGACUGACCAAGGGCUUUAAUGUUCAAAAGAUUCCAACUAUUUUUCACAUAAACAAUAAGAAGCCCCUGUAUUGUUUGCACAAAUGUCUUCUAUUUUUCUACUUUUGUGUAGUUUAGCAUUUGUUUAAAUAUUAUAGCACAUUCAUCAGUCAUUUUUUUUUUUUAAAUAAAAUAAUUUCGUUAUAAGAAAUUAUAUUUAAAUGUGGCCUUUAAGUAAUCCCAGUUUUGCCAAAGUAAUCUCGGAGGUGUUGCCCAAAUUUCUGGUAUCUAGGGGUUAAGGAAUGAAGAUAUCUAUAAUUUAGCUAAUACAUGUUUGCCAUCAUAAGUGCAUUGUAGUUAAAACAUCAUUAAGCAGGUACUUAAGCAGUGCGAUAACUCUCUAAGUGCCUAAGGUGUGAGCAAACUAUUUUAAAAUAGCAUAUUGCUCUGUUCUGCCCCAUGAACUAUUAAUAGCACUUACUGCCCCUUCCAGGGUAUAUAAACUAGGUGUAAAAUACAACUGUCGUAUGUCCAUUUAAAGAGCUAACAAAAAGGUAUGUGUUAUUUAUAUUUUCUAUAUUUGUAUAAUUUUUUAGAUUUGAUCAAAUGCCAUAUGCAAAGACAUUUGAUACAAGUCUAUAAUAAUUUCAUGACAUUCCAAUGAUGCUUUGAAUGCACAAUUCACAGCUAGACACCUAUUGCAUUUCUUAGACUAAACAUCACACACACAAACACGCGCAUGCAUAAACAUUUU